AUGGGUUGGGCAGAGGAAACCAAACUUCGUGACCCAUACAUUUUUAUCAAGUCAGAUGACUUUUUCCAGGGAAUUGAUUCGGGUUCUACCCAAUUGAACCGACCUCGCGCCAUCACCUUUAAUCAAAAUGACCAACUUCUGAGUAACGGAAAUCAGAACCCCGCUUGUACCCACGGUCGCAUUUUUCGAUUCGACGAUGAUUCUCUUCUUCUGAUUCAGUUUAUGAGACCCAAGGUUUGGCAAAUCCGUUUCGAUCCUAGUAAUCGAAGCGGUGAAGACUUUACCGACUUCAAUACGCGAACCAUCGUCAAGGACACUCUGAGUGGCCCUGGUGGUCUCAUCCAGACCCUGGAUGGUCUGGAAAACAUUGAUUGGAAUGUUGAACUUGUUGAAGACACGCAGUACAUCAUCUUCCAAUCCGUACUCAACCCCAACACUCCCAACCAUCAGGUCCAACUUCAGAUAUGGGUACAGCGAGAUCCUUUCCAAAUCACCGUCGUCCGCGUCCUCCAAAGUAACCCUCCUGCCGAGAAGCUCCCAGAGCUACAGAGCGUCAAUUCUACGAGCGCCCAACAGCUCCAGCUUCCUCACGUCAAGGGCGCACAGGCUGCCAUCAUUUGGAAGACCCGACCCAGAGGACUGCAGUAUACAGAGCGAGCUACGGUUCUGUCAAUCGAAAAGUCUGUCACGGCGGACUUUAUGGGUUUUGGUGAGCAGGGUGGGAAGGACCUUUUCAAGAAAAAGACGUACAUGAACUACUUCAACUUUGACAAUAUGAGGUACCAGAACGUCUAUGGCAAAGGACCUCUGGAUGACCGCGAACCUCUAUAUCACUCAGAGCCAUUCUGGAUCGAGGUUGACUCCCACCCUGGAUAUCGAUCACAAGUCUCCACCUUCAUUGACAACUACUCCCACAUCUGUGUCGAUGUAGGUGUCAAGGAUUCAGGUGUCAUUCGUGUCGCGACUCGCUUCAACAGCUUCCGCGCUAUCAUGGUCGCUGCAGACUGCAUGCAGGACCUCAUCACGUCCUACACGUCUAUCGUCGGAAAACCGCGUCUUAAACCCCGAUACGUCCUCGGUUACCACCAGGCCUGUUAUGGUUACGACAGUCAGGAAGCUGUCCUCGAGUCAGUCGCUGAGUAUCGCAAGUGCGGCUUCCCAAUUGAUGGCAUGCACAUUGAUGUAGACAUGCAGGAAGAUUACCGUACCUUUACCAUCGACAAGCGUGACAAGCAUUUCCCUGAUCCUGUCCAAAUGUUCAAGACUCUGAGAGAACAGGGUGUCAAGUGCAGCACCAAUAUCACUCCAUACAUUAAUUCUGUUCCCAGCGACACCUAUGCAACUCUCAAUGACGGUUUGAAGGAUGGACGGUUCAUCAAGGAUGACCGUGACGUUGAUCCUUCGGCUCCCAACGUGUGGGAUCAGCGCUAUGUAGGAUGGUCCGUCGGGAACCAGAUCUUCCUCAAUCCCAAUACGCAGAAGCCUCCAUACUUUGAGCCAGAUACAUCAAAGUUCGAAGACAACUUCAACACUCAGAAGCCUUUCCAUGGUGGUGUUUUCUAUGGCUGGGGGAAUGGUCAUCCUGGUCACUAUCCCAACUUGAAUAACAAGGACGUUCGGAUGUGGUGGGGCAAGCAGUAUCAGUAUCUCUUUGAAUGUGGACUUGAUUUUGUUUGGCAAGAUAUGACUGGACCUUGUAUCGCUGAAGAGUACGGCGAUAUGAAGGGUCUUCCAUUUCGUCUCAACCUUGACUCGGAUGGCUGGUGUCAAGACUCCACCAAUACCACCCGUAAAAAAGCCAUCGAGAUCUGGUCCCUAUACAGCUACAAUUUGCAUAAAGCAACGUACCACGGGUUGAACAACAUCCAUGCACUCAGUUCAGCUCUGAAGUGGCGUGAAAACAGACGAAACUUCAUCAUUGGCCGUGGAAGUUUCGUCGGCAGUCAUCGUUUUGCAGGUCUAUGGACAGGCGACAAUGCCUCUACAUGGGAAUUCCUCGAUAUCUCAGUCGCACAGGUUCUCGCUCUGGGAAUGUCAGGUAUAACCAUCUCGGGCCAGGAUGUAGGUGGGUUCGAGUUUGUUGAUGCUGAACGCGACUUUGCGAACCCAGAGUUACUUAUCCGUUGGUACUCUGCCUACUCUCUUCUUCCGUGGUUCAGAAACCACUACACCAAGAGACGUGAUUGGAUUGAUGGUCCCAGACAGGGAACGAUGAGGAAAGACGGAAAACUGUUCCAGGAACCUUAUGCCUACCAGAAAUACUAUGAGGAGAACAGCUCGAGGUUUCAGGGACGGGAAGCUAUGAUCUAUCGAGCUGUGCUUCCGGUCUGCCGUUACCUGAUUAGACUGAGGUACAGUUUGAUGCAGCUGAUGUAUGAUGCUAUGUUUGAGAACAUGGUUACUGGACUUCCGAUCGCAAGAGCCAUGGUUAUUACCGACGACAUUGACCGAAGUCUUUUCAGCGCGGAUAACCAAACAUUCACUCGCAGCCAGUACAUGGUUCGAAACGAUCUCCUUGUCGCACCAGCCUUGAUUCCCGAGUCCAAGCGUCGCACCCGCAAGUUGUACCUCCCCUACCCGGACAAGUGGUACACUAUGAACCUACGACCUGACGAGGACCUGGGAGCUGCUCUUCUUGAACCUGCCAACGGUGGUAGUAGAAUCGAAUAUGAUUGCCGCAUCAGCGACCAGGAUUCUCAGUUACCCUACGUUACGCCGAUGUAUAUCCGCGAGGGUGCUAUCAUUCCCAAGAUCAAAGUCCGAGAUUACAUUCCAGAUCCAUCGCUUCCUGCGCAAGACGCCAAUUCGAUUACACUGCAUGUUUAUCCUGGAAAGGACAACACUUACAUCAUGUACCUUGAUGACGGUAUUUCGCGAGAUAGUGCUCCCGUCGUAGGUCCUGGUCUCAACGUCAGCGAUGAGAAAGCAGCCAAUAAAUACUGUCAAGUCGACAUCUCCCAGACCACUAAAUCGUACAAUGAACAAACUGGGAUUAAGUUCAUUCGCAAUGUCACCAUCAAGUCGCCUUUCAAUGGGUUUGGUGAUCUUACCUCCAUUAUCGGAACGGAGUACACUAUUGCUCUUUGGCAUGCACCCUCAGUCGACAUUGGCACUGCGCAGGUUGACUCGUCCAACAGCGACGUUACCUCCACCACUGACACCAACUCUCGAGUUACCGUGGUCAAGAUGCCUAUUGCUCAAGCGCAUACCAAGGAAGGUGUGAGUAUUCAGAUGACUUACGCUGAGGUCAAUUAA